CAGACCUCGCUGCAUGUGUCGUAGGAGGAUAAUGUUAAAGCUCACAAAUGGCAAUAGCGAAGAUUAACUAAAGGUAAAAUUAGAGAGUGGACUAUUCCUGUACUUUGACGAAUUCCCCGGCAUGGCUAAAAUGAAGUGGAGUGAGAAAAUAUAUCUUCCAUUAUUGUAGUUAUGAGACAACUGAAGGCCUCGAGAGUAACGCGGGGUUUGGAUGUAACAUAACUAACAAGUUAGCAAGCUAACUCCGAAAACUAAAAGGAGAAGCGUGUAUGCCUUUUUAUUUUCAGAAAUAUUAAACGAGAAACCGAAAAUUCAAAUGCUAACAGACAAACAUUAGCUUUGCUUAAUGCUAACAUUAGCCGUCAUUACGUUCACGUGUUUAGCUGACGCCAUUUCGCGGUUAUAAUGGAGCCGUGCUACACGCGUGACCCGUGGCGGACGUCGUGGCCUUUUUACGUUUGGACGACUUCUAUAGACACCCAACCCAUGGCUUCUUAUCAAACAUCGUGGCGUGACUUUCCACGCAUGUUUUUUCACGAGGCACCUCAUUACUCUGCGGGUGUGUGGGCAGAAAGCAGUUUUUACAAUCCGGAUUUUAAAAGACCCAGUCCACAGGAGAGCAGGAAGUUCUUUCUGGACAGGUCUGUGUAUGAUUUGGUGGCUGCUUAUCCGCAACUGGCCUUAACUGACUCCAAGCUGCUGGGCUGGUAUCUGCGUUUGUCACCCGAGGACAGAAAGCUCAUACAGGAAGGAGGAGGGUUUCAUCAGUUCCUGCAAAGACAUCCUGCCUUAGAAAUACAUAGGCAUCACGUUCAUGUGAAGGAUAGGAGCAGUCCUGCCCAGACAGCUGUGACAGCCAGCCAGCACAUGUUUACAACUGCAGGAACAGAGAUGGCUGGAUGUGGAACACCCAGCACUCACCUGGACUUGGAGAUGCUCCCCAGUAGGGAGAAUUUAACUUUGCUUGGCUGUAACAGGAACGAGCAUCAAGAAAAGCUGUUUGGGCAGGCUCACAUGCCUGGUGGCUUCCGUGCAGCUUGCAGCAGCCCCGUCACACAAAGAACAAAUGAUCAGAAGGCCUGCUAUAGACCUGGACUGCCACUGUGCCAGCUGAAUGAAGAUGGGUGCUCAUUUCAAACGGGCAGCUGUGUAGCUGUGUGCAAGGAACCAGCCGGCCUGGUGAGCGUUUCUCUGGACACGGACCUCGAGGUAUGUCGACAGAGGAGAAAGCCUGAGCCCUGGAACCAGAUUUCAGGGCUACAAGGCCAGAGUGCAAACUUCAGUCCAUCACAGUCAGAAUGGCCAAUGGCUACCAAAGAGUCUCUCCUAGACUGCAGCAGUACUGACAGGAUUCAGAUGAUUGAUCCACAGUACACCGAUGGAAGCAUUAUGCAGGCAGUGGAGCCAGAACAGGAUCAAAGCGACACCUUCCAUAGCCUCAUGGAGGAUGAUAAGAGCAUCCUUGUCUGUCUGGCUAAUGACAGUCUGAAAGAACAAAACCGGAGCGGUCACUCGUGUCCAGUCACCACUAAUAAUGAUGUUACAGCAGAAGCCAGCACUGAGACCUUGAGGUCAUAUGAGUCUGCCACCAAGGUAAAAAGUGUAGAUAAGCACACCUCCCCUAUGCCCUGCGUCCCCACCUGUGAUGCGAUGAUUGGCACUGAGGUGGUGCAGUGCCUGUCAGUCUUUACUCAAACUGAGGACCUGGAAACAGCUGACAAACACAUUAACACUGAAGUACGCAUGGCAGAUCUGGACUAUCUCGCCAAGGAAUUUCUCAAACUGAAGAAAACACAGGGAGGGAAAGAGAAAACAAAAAGUGUUGGCGGCAAGUUGAAUAAAGAGUGUGAGUGUAUGGACCGUGCUCAGCAAGCAGAGCUAGCCCUCCUGGCACUGCAGUACAGCAUAUGCAGACAGCACUGCUGGAGACUAUACUACACCUCUACUGAGGGAAACCAGCUCACCCUAGUGGCAAAGAAUCCUCCUUCAAACAUUAUACGUGCUCUCCAAAAACUGGAGUUGGACUAUAAUGAGAUGAAGAGUAAGAUUCAGGUAGGGCUUCCCCUGCAGCAACUGAAGCCUUUAUCUGUUGACUCUGGGGAGAUACUCACAGGAUCAAGUUACAUCCCUGCACAGAUCAUUUGUGAAGUUUUGGGAGAAAUCUCAUCUUGCAGCUCCCAGGAGAAGCUGGAUGCACCAAGUGGAGAUGGUGGACGUCCUGAUGCUCAAGGCGGAAAGGUUGGUCAGGAAAAGGAAAAACGGCUCAAAAAUAAAAAUGAGAGUACAAGGAGAGCUGCUACCCUCAUCCCUCAAGAUGGAGGGUCUGCGGGUCAAGAGGUGAACACAGGUGAGAAAUGGUAUGAUGCUGAGGAAGAGCUGGAGCUUCCAGAAGAUGAUGUAGCUACUGCUGUGAGACAGGACCCCACACCGGUGACGGCACAUCUGUCUGAUGAAUCAGCCAGUCAGGAGGCCAUGAGCUCCGUACUGUAUGUUUCCAAGCUGCCCAGCAAUGUGACAGAGAGUGACAUGAUGCUUCUCUUUGACAAAUACCAUCCCACUGAAGUCAGCAUUUCUGCUUUAAAGGAUUUGAGAUUUGCCAUAGUUAUGUUAAGUGGCCCCCAGUCUGCUGAGACUGCAGUGAAAGAGCUAAAUGGAUGCAGAAUGCAAGGUCGCACUUUACAUUUGGAGCACAUCAGCAGACCCACGAACAGCAGCCAGAACUCUGCCUCUGAACCUGAUUCCUCACAGGACGCUGCCAAACCACAAACCUCCAAGACUGACUCCAGCAGCACUGAGCUGCUAACCCCGCCUCCUGUUAAGCCCAGCAUCAGGAACAGGAAGGUGGUGUGCAUCUCACCUACAGCAAAGGGAACCUUUGUGCCACAACAUAUGGGCAGCUUUGAUACUCUGAUAGCAGAGCUGACACAGCUCCACCUAGAGGUGGGGAGGCAGAGGAUUGUGGAUGCUAUGAUUGAGCUGAGGGCAAAGCAUCAGGGCGUCCUCUGUGGCAUGCCCCUCAGGACCAUCAGGGAGAUGAUAUCUGAACUUCUGACCUGGCCUGCUAAGCAGUCAUAAUAAAGAAACCAACAGCUCUGAUUUGUUAUGUGACAGAGCCUUUGCUUGUUCAUUCCAGCAUAUUAUUUUUAAGAAGAGGGAAAGCUAUUAAUCAGCCUGCUAUAGAGAAUAUAAUUUUUGAUCAAAGAAUUUAUGAAUCUUUCAAUGUUGCUGCCUUAAAUUUAGACAUGUUCAGGCUGCUACUUCUGUUAUCUGGCACGUGAAUUAGUUUGUGUUCCGUCAUUAAAAAAAGCAUCCUUUGAAAAAUGUCUUAUCCACUUUGUUUUG